AUGCAAUCAGACGGCUCGGACACUAAGAAUGGCUUCGGAGUCACUUCCGACUCGGAACCGGCGCAUGUCGGCGCUGUGAGGCGGCGACGAUUCGGAUUUAACUUCAGCCUCGAAGUUGACCAGGAACCGAGCUCCUUUGCGCCGUCCAAGAACUUGUCCAAUGCGGAUUUUGAUCCCAUCCCGCCUUCGAAGCGAACCUGGAAUUGGGGCGCCUAUGUGGCUUAUUGGAUGGCAGAUGCAUGGGCUGUGUCGAACUGGGAAGUCGCCUCAUCCAUGAUUGCUGUCGGACUUAGUUGGCGAAUGGCAAUUGGAGCCUGUGUUCUUGGUAACUUUCUCAUGGGCCUCGUUAUUACAUGCAAUGGAAGAAUCGGAGCUAUUCUGCACACCCCCUUCCCGGUUCUCUCUCGCAUGCCUUUUGGCUACUACUUUAGCUACUUUGUUGUGCUGUCCCGCUGUGUUCUUGCCAUUGUCUGGCUCGGUGUGCAAACCACAACUGGAGGUCAAUGCAUGACCGUUCUACUAACAGCCAUCUGGCCGAGCUUUGCCAACAUCCCGAAUCACAUUCCGGAAUCCGAGGGCAUCACUACUGCAGGAAUGUGUGGAUUCGUGCUCUACUUCCUCCUUCAGCUUCCCUUCUUGUGUAUCCCAUAUACCAAGGUUCAAUACUUCUUCGCCUUCAAGAGUAUCAUCGCUCCGAUCGUCUUCCUGGCUGUCUUUGGUGACACAUUGCAUAAGGCCGGUGGAACAAUUAGUCACAGCACUGUGAUUUCCAAGGGCACUACCAUUCACGGUGCCACUUUGGCAUGGGCCUUCUUUAACAAUCUCAACGGAGUCUUGGGUAACUACUCCACGCUCGGCCUCAACAUCGCCGACUUUUCGAGAUAUGCCAACAAGCCGAGCGCUCAGAACGUACAAGCCAUCGUGAUUCCCUUCAUCUUCACCAUUGUCGGUCUCCUUGGUAUUUUCACCGCAGCUGCCUCCCAGUCAGCGUACGGCGAGGUUCUCUGGAACCCCAUUGAUAUCAUCAACUUGUGGAUGAAAUCUGGUUCCUCCGGUGGUCGUGCUGCUGCCGCCUUCGCCGCCAUCGGCCUGAUCAUCGUGACGCUUGGUAUCAACAUUUCCGCCAACUCAAUUAGUGCUGCCAACGAUUUGAUGGCUUUUGCUCCCCGGUAUAUCAACAUCCGACGUGGCCAAAUUCUCGCCGCCAUAAUUGGCAGCUGGGCCUUUGUUCCGUGGAAAAUCUUGGCAUCUGCCCAAAAGUUUAUCGCUUUCCUCAACGGCUAUACCAUCUUCCUCGGUCCUAUGACCUCUAUCCUUAUGACGGAUUACUACAUUCUCCGACGCGGCAAAGUCUCGGUGCCUGACAUGUAUGACUUCCACGGCAUCUACCGGUACUCACAGAAAUGGGGAAGCAACUGGCGUGCUGUGGUUGCCUUCUUCAUUGGUUGCACCCCUCCUCUUCCUGGCUUCAUCGAUAACAUCGUCCAAGCGGGCGGCGGCCAUACUGGUGUCUCGCUAGGAGGUCAACACCUCUUCUACAUUGGAUAUAUCUACUCUUUCCUAUCCGCUGGCGUCUUCUACUAUCUCCUUAACCACUUUUUCCCAGCCCCUGAAAGCAUGGUGGAAUUUGCUAUAACGGGAGAGGACAUUAUUGCUGCUCAAGACGCCAAGAACUUGGAGAUAAAGCAAGCAGGAUUUGCGAGUAAGGAGUCUGCUUAG